AUGGAAGACAAGAAAUGUGCUACCUUUUUUGCAAUGCUUAUUAUCCUCUUUGCUUCCAAUUCUUAUCUUAGAUUGAUCCAAUGCCAACUUAUGCCUAUUGUUAGUGACAAUCAAGUUAAGACAUUCAUAGUUUUUGUAGAAGAGCCUGUCGGAGGAGCCAAUCUAGUGAAUGAUGAAGAGCUAACAAAUUUUCAUAGAUCAUUUUUGCCAAACAAUAGUCUAGACUCUGGUGAAGAACGUAUGAUCUAUUCAUAUCGCCAUGCCAUUAGUGGAUUUGCGGCAUUGUUGACAGCCGAUGAAGCUUUAGCCAUGGAAACAAAACCAGGUUUCUUGUUUGCUCGCCUGCCCGAAGAGGUUAGAGCGGAAACAACCUACACUCCUGAGUUUAUGGGCUUGAGCAUAGGAGGAGGGUUAUGGUGGAGCUCUCAAUAUGGAGAGGGGAUUAUUAUUGGAGUGAUCGACAACGGCAUCACUCCUACACAUCCUUCUUUUCAAAGUUUUAAUGCAGUUCCGGCUCCGCCGGUUAAUUGGUUCGGCAAUUGUUCGUUUGGACCGAAUGUAUGCAACAACAAACUCAUUGGCGCAAUGGCAUUCCAAAACGGUAAAAAUCCGUCACCUCUUGAUGACACUGGCCAUGGGACACAUUGUGCUAGCAUAGCCGCUGGAAGCCCUGUUUAUGAUGCUGGAGUCCUUGGCCAAGCUAGAGGAACAGCAGGAGGGAUUGCGCCGAGAGCUCAUAUCUCUGCUUACAAAGUAUUGUAUAGAAACCUUGGAUCAGACGAUGAUAUGCUAGCAGGCAUAGACCAAGCCAUUCGAGAUGGUGUCAAUGUGCUCUCAAUGUCUCUUGUUUCUGGACCAAAACACUUUUUAGAUAGUGGCAUUGCGGUGUCCUCUUUCUAUGCUAUUACCCAAGGAAUAGUUCCUUGUGCUGCUGCUGGGAAUUCCGGCCCCACUGCAAGUGUUAUUUCAAAUGAUGCUCCAUGGAUUUUAACUGUAGGAGCAAGCAACACGGAUAGAAGGAUAAAGGUAACCGUGAUGCUGGGUAAUGGAAUGGAAAUCGAUGGUGAAUCUGCUUAUCAACCAGACACACAUAAUGCUACUGAUUUAGAACUCGUGCUUCCUGGUUCUGAUCCUGACUGUUUAUCAGUAGACGCGGCUGAUGUCAAAGGAAAGAUAGUUUUAUGCGAGGUUAGUCCCUUUUCUUUAUUGAUAGGAAGGAUAGUAAAAGAUGCCGAAGGAGAGGGAAUGAUAAUUAUGAAUGACGUAAAACACGGAUUCACAACAUCCUCGGAUCCUCAUGUUCUUCCUGCUGCUCAUGUUAGCCAUGUUGAUGCUCAAAAGCUAAAGGCAUAUGUGCAAACUACUAGAAACCCGACAGCAUCGAUUGUCUUCAAAGGUACACAAUUUGGAGCCUCUCCUACUCCUUCCGUAGCUUAUUUCUCUGGAAGAGGCCCUAGUCAAUAUAAUGGAGGCAUUAUAAAGCCAGACAUCAUCGCACCAGGAGUGAAUAUUCUUGCGGCUUGGCCGGUAGAAGUCGGGCCUAAUCCAACAGGUAACACAACCUCAACCUUUAAUUUCAUGAGCGGUACAUCUAUGGCCACUCCUCAUGUCUCCGGCAUUGUUGCUGAUCUAAAAAAGAAUCACCCUGAUUGGUCACCUGCGAUGAUCAAGUCGGCAAUCAUGACAACUGCGCUCACUGAGGAUCUAGAUGGGAAUCCGAUAGCCGAUGAUGCUUUCUCACACCAACCGGCUAGUUACUUUGCCAUGGGAGCCGGACAUGUCAAUCCAGAAAGAGCUAAUGACCCGGGACUUGUUUAUGACACCCAACCAUUGGAUUACAUCCCGUAUCUUUGUGGGAUGUACUCUACACCCACUGUCAAAUCCAUUGUCCGACAACAAGGGAUUGAUUGCUCCAUAAUUCAAUCGAUAACAGCUGCCGAGUUGAACUAUCCUUCAAUCGGUUUGAGGAUGCCAAUAGCGAAAGGCUCAGCAAUUGUCAUUACAAGAACAGUCACAAAUGUCGGUCCGGCUGAGCUGUACGAUCUACAAAUCAAGAAAAUGCCUGAUGGAGUUGAUAUUAGAUCAGACAAAAAAAAUCUGUCAUUUUCAGCUCUGAAUGAGACGCAGAGUUUUCGGCUUCAGUUUACGAGCAAUGGUACUGCACAGAGUGGGCAAGUCUCAGAAGGGUAUCUAAUUUUGAAUUCUACAACUCAUGUUGUCAGGAGUCCAAUUUCAAUUACAUACUACUGAUCAGUAGUAUGCACUUCCUUUUGAGAUUUCUUGCAUAUGAGCUACUACAUUGUGAUUUUUAAAUAAGAGUGGAUGCAACUAAAAACUUAUAUAUUGUUUUUUUUUUUUGUGAUUUUUAAUAAAUGAAA